UUCUAUUUGGUAAGGGUAGAAAUAUAACACGAUGGCAUUUCUGUCCUAGCUUUGCUGAUGCACGGUCACAGUCUCAAGAAAAUGAAUAUCUUUAAAAUAGGAUUCUGGAUAUUUGGAGCUAUUAUCAGUGCAGUCACUGGUAUGGAGUUGAACUGCAGCACAAUUGAAAUGGAUGUCUGUCAUCUCAACAAUCUAAUCAUCACUGAGUAUACUGAUGUUGCUGCUUGGGAAUUCCCGGAUCAACACAAUCUAGUCUUCGGCAACUAUCCCAUGUCGGACGAUACCACCAUGAUCACCGCCGUGACCAAAGAAGUGUCUGAAAAACUAACAAACGCUCAAACUGUGGCCAUGCAGAACGUUUCUCUGAUGUCAUUCUAUCUGUGGGAGCACCUAUUGAGCCUAGACGUUUCUUACAAUUACCUAUCCGAGCUGAUUGUGGAUCCAACUUCCAUGUACAACCUGAAAUCGCUGAAUAUGAGCCACAACAGACUUCAAGCAAUAGACUUCCUCAAAGGGCUCAACAAAAUUCGUGAUCUAGAUUUGAGCAACAAUUAUUUGGAGAAGAUCGAUCUUUCCAGUUUCGAUGCGAUUAAGGAUCUUACUAGCUUGAAACUAGCACACAAUCGCAUCCGCACCGUCACAACCUUCGCGAACUUACUUCAUCUACCGCGGCUAACAACUUUAACACUUAACAACAAUCAACUGUCGAUUCUGGAUGCGAGCCAGUGGCAGUUCAACGUUCUGCAGGAUCUGUUGCUUUCCAACAAUCGCUUGUCCUACAUCAGCAUGUGUGAAAUACAGAAUUCGUUUCCACGUUUGCAGUCGUUGUACCUGGACGGAAAUAAUUGGGAAUGUUCAUUUCUCAACAGUACCGUUUCCCAACUGCACCAGUACGAAGUCAAACUGAUUAACUACAGUGCCCACAACUGCACAGAAGCGGUGGAGAACAUUUGUUGUCACUAAUCCCCCGAAAUCACUGCUGAAAACCCGCACCAUCGUGUACGAUGUCAGUCAUGUUCCGUAAGCUGACUCUAUCCUCUGUGGAAAACACAAACAAAAUCCAAUGCCAACAAGCUUUGUCAAUGUACCCAAUUAUUAUUGUCACAUCAAUAUCCUUCAGAAGUUAAAAAAGAGAUUUAAUAAAUUAGUUCAGACAAA